AUGACAGCCGAAAAGUCGAUCGCGAGAAGUGAUAUCUCACCUCCACCUUCCUCAAAGCGCCGGAAACUUGCCCCGUCGCAGACAUCUGAAGAUCUGCCGCAAUGCAUCGAUCCUAGUCGCCUCACCAUUUAUUCGUGGAACAUCAACGGCAUCAGUCCAUUCGUGCAGAAGACCAUCACUUCCUUUUUCCAGCCUAGAAAUGUCGCUCAUGGCUGCGAGUCAAGCGCGUCACCGUCGUCUAGUCUGCGAGAUGUUCUUCGGCGGUAUGAAUGGCCGGCAAUGCUCCUCCUGCAAGAAGUCAAGAUCAAUCCGGAUGAUACUGCUACCCAGCGGGCAGUCGAAAGGGCUGUGAAUCCCAUCACAGACGAGCCCGGGCUCCCAUCGUACAGAGUGUUCUUCUGUCUACCAUCGGACAAACAUAAUGCGCGAGGCUCCGGUCGCAAGGUAUAUGGUGUGUGUAACAUAAUCCGCCAGGACUUCUUCGACAGGUACGUGGAGCGCGUACGAGAGGUAAGCUGGGACCUUGAAGGACGCUUUUUAGUCUGUGAGACAAAACCUUGCGGAUUGUUGCCAAAGCUCGCCAUCUUCACCGUGUACGCUGCGAAUGGCACCGACAAUCCAUAUAAGGAUCCCGAGUCAGGACAGAUUGUCGGCACCUGGCAUGAUCGGAAGCUGCAGGUUCACGAACUGCUCGAAACUGAGUGUCGCGCUCUCGAAGCCAGGGGAGUCCAGGUGGUGCUAGCUGGGGACAUGAACAUCGCGAGGAUGAAGUUGGAUGGCCAUCCCAACCUUCGCACAACCCCAGAGCAGCACUGCGUCAAUCGUGCCGACUUCGAACGCCGCUUCUUUGCAUCCGGCGCAGGGAGUAAGGAAGAAUGCGGAGCCACAGGUGCACUGAGUGGUGGAGGCUUGAAUAUGAUCGAUAGUUGGAGGCACUUCUAUCCACGAAAGGCAGGCUAUACAUAUUAUGGCCGCUCGCGACCAUUCGGCAGCAGUUGCGAUAGGGUCGACAUGAUUCUGCUGUCGAGAGCAAUGGAAGAUCGUCUGGUCAAUGCUGGGAUCCACGAGACUCUUGCCGACCGAGGCCCAAGUGAUCAUGUACCACUUUUUGUGGAGCUCCAAACACAGCUCGAAAGGGUAGAUGUCGUUGAGAUGUAG